AUGCUCAAUCGGCCAUUUGUCUCUCGUUUGACGUGCAGCAUGUUGCCAACAGCACAACCAGCGCCAGCAAUAGAUUCCUCCGUGAAAGCGGAGGUGAAAGUGGAGCCGACGGGGGUCGUCAAGCAGUUCGAGGACUUGAUUGAGACGGUCAUCAGCACCAUUCAAGAGCCCGAAGUCACGGAGGCCGGCGUCGCGGCCGUAAUGGCGAGGCUCCAGGCUUAUAGCGACGGGAUAAACCGGCUCAUCGAGACCCUGCCGCCAGAGGCCGCCAACGGCAACGAGGGGGGCGUAGGAGUGGGGCGGGGAGGGGUUUGAUGAAUACUAAGCUUAUGGGGUGAGAUUAUGUUUCACUUGGAGGGAGAGCCGCGUAUGUAUUAGUAGUAUUCUACUGUCCUUUUUUUUUUUGUACAAAGCUCGUUCCUCUUUUUACUUCUGCGCGCCGGUAUUGCUACCGCUUCCGGAGUUUCCCCUUGAUCUGAGACUGCGUUUUGGUGGUCGCGACGAGGAUCAGCCGUCGCUCUCUCCCUCGUUCUCAACCGCUGUCGGCUGGCUUGCAUUGUACGGCAUUCCCUUGAGCGCGGGGCUUGAUUUUAUUGAGGUAGACUUAUCGGCAAUUGCUAGUUCCGUGUGCCCCGGCGAUAAUUGCAGUUUCUUGGCUGGUGCUGGUGCAAUCGGCCUCGGGGCCUGUCGGGUGCUAUUUUCCGUCGUGCCAUACAAUGAAUUUCGAUUCCCAACGCAAGAGAGGAGGAGGGCAGGAGGGAGGAGUUACUCAUUUUUUUCGUGUAGUAAUUUAUGAGCGUGGAUUGUUCAUGCAUUUUGGUAGAGACGGAGCACCGUUCUUUGUUAAGGGGCUGAGGGCGGCGGGGGGCUUCGUCGCGGCAUAUUAGCGCCAAGACGGCGAGUAAGCGUCCGCUCGGUGAAGCUUGCUCGCAGAGCUCCCGGCGGGCACGAUGUGUCGCUGUCCUUGCCAAUGCGAGAGACGGCAAUCAGCACAUAAGUGCUUAGGCGGGCGGUAGAACUUCUCUCGGCAUCAGGGAGUAUGCCUUGGAAGGUGUGUUGUCCAUAGGAAAACCCGAAAGUGGCGUUUUGUAGACCGGGCUGGGGGCCCCCCGUCCCCUUCGUCUUCCUCGUGCCUCAGAGAGCGGUAUCAGUACCAUGCUGUAAUCUCUGCGAGCCAACUUUUAUUACCCAAUAAUUACAAGCUGUCCGUGACGAUAUUUGUGGCUCUGUUUCCGUGAAAAACAGCGUUUGUUUUUCUGGCAAUGUUGUGGUGAGCCUAGCAGCAAGUUUUUUUUGCCUCCUUAGAGGGGACAGGAAGGACGCAAGCAGCAGGGUGCCCCCGGCCUCCUCGUUGUUGUUAUAUCCUUCGGCGUGUGCGUGUGUCGUGUGUUUUGUGUGUGUUGCGUGUGCGCGUUAAUUUCCCCGCGUUUCUCUGGGCCGCCACAGAGACGCUCCCUCGAAUGACACCGAACAUCUCUCCCCAGCCGGGAGAAAACCCGGAAAUGUUCCGUUUGUCUUGGUCUCGGUACUGUACUGGUUCGCGGGCAGCCCUGCUGUCUCUUAAUUCGACCUAGAACGGGAUACACUCCGUACUCCUUUUUUUGUGUUCCUCUCGCCAUAUGUGUGUAUGGAGAUGAUUAAUACAGGGUGUUAGUCGCGCGUAUAGUGCUGGCUGGGGUUGCUUGCUGUACUGUUGUUGCUGCGGCCAGGCCUUAAUAUUCGUGAAACAUCCAUUGUCCUUGUCGUAAAAUGUUGUUGUCAGAGAGGGAGGGAGAGAGAAAUAGAAAUACCGGUCGUCUUAGUCGAGCUGUGCGCCCGCGUACACUUGGUAUGGAUGGAGAUUUUGGUGGGUUGGGAUUUCAUGUGGUGGGACCAAGGGGGGGUUAAGGAAUGAUAUCUGGCUCCCACGCUAAACAUUCCAGUCGUUGUUUUUCGGAGUGGGCGACUUGCGUUGUGGGCGAGAAUGAACGCAAUAAGCGGCGGGUAGUGAUGGCUGUCUGUCUCACCUCAAAACGACGAGCCCGAAUCUGAAUCCACACGCUGCCGCGUCUGGUCAUGCUGACUCGGUGUGCGAAGACGGGAGACGACGACGACGGUCGGUGAGCCGGGCCUGCGAGCUGCCCCGCGCGCUUGCCUCAUCAUAAUUUUUUUGCCGGGCCAAUGGCGCGCCUUUCCUCGUUCAGCCCGGUGUGGCGUCGGUGAGGAAUUUACACGCCUAUUUCCGCAACACCUUGCACCCUCUUUUAGUGCCGUCUUUCUUUUUCCUGUUGUGUUGUGCUGGAAGGCCCGGGGUUCGUUGUGGAAUUCCUACUCUAGCAAUAAUCCGUCACCAGGUUCUUAGUUGUUGUAACCGUUCAGGUCUCUAGGCUCUAUUCGUUUUAACGUCAGUACCAGUCCAACGGACGGGGACGCCUUCCGUAGCCUCUGGCACAUCUUGGAUAUCAAGUUGACUCUAAGAUAUUAUAAUGAUGUUUUCCAUUGUAACAACUUCGCGCAAUAACGUCUCGGGCAUCAUCAAAUGAUUCUGAGU